CUAAUAGAAAACCAUUUGGGAGACUGGGAAGAAGGAGGAAUCGCGUCCUGACGGUGGUGGAAAGGCUGCGGGCAACAUCCGAACAUGUGGAAUCCCAACCCCGGGCAUCCAGGGUCAAGUCCAUAUCCCCCCAACCCUGCCUGUCCACCACAGGUCAAUCCAGCUUUUCCUCCUCCUCCGGGCCCCCUUCCCUGUCCUCCUGGGCCCCAACAUGGGAAUCCAGCUUUCCCUCCAUGUGGGCCCCACCAUCCUGUGCCCAACCCAGGAUAUCCAGGAUGCCACCCCCCAGGCCCCCACCCCUCUCCAUGCCCACCCCCUGGCCCUUGCAUGCCUCCUGUGAAUCCCUUGGCGCCUGGCAUGGUAGGACCAGGAGUGGUGAUGGAUAAGAAGAUGCACAAGAAAAUGAAGAAAGCGCACAAGAAGAUGCACAAGCAUCACAAGCAUCAUGGCAAACACUCCUCCUCCUCCUCCUCUUCCAGCAGUGACUCUGACUGAACACAGGGCCCGGACCCUCCCCUCCAGUCUCACCAGCUGUACUCUCCCAUCAAGCUUCAGAUGCCCUUGGCCCCCACCCCAGCCCACCUCCACCCGAGCCUCACUCACCCGAGCUGUUCAGCCCUGACUGGCUAGGCCCAGUGGGAAGAGGAUUGCCGUGGGCUAGCAAAGGCCGUCUUAUUGCCGCUUGGAUAGAUCUUAUAGCUUGAGAGUUUAGCAGGGGAACUGUUUUCUGAAGAUAAUGAAGACUAAGAUCUGAAAAAUGUGA